CCACACGAACUGAAGGGAUAAAAUACAAAAGAAACCAUUAAAAGUUAAGAGAAAGCUGCCUUCGAAAAUAAAUAGAUAAACAAAAAGGUGUAGCAGCCUCUGGCAGUGUAUAUAUGUACCCGGAAGGCUUCCCUCACUACAGUUCCCAAAACGCAACCAGGUUAGUGAAGCUCCUCCCCUGAAAGUAAAUGGCAGGUCAGGAAGGAGAUGCAGCGAAGCCAAAACAAGACCAAGAAGAAAAACCAAGAGAAGACAAGCUUCUCUCUUCUUAUUUAGGCCUGAGUUUCUCUCUCUUUUUAGCGGUUCUGCCUCCAAACUCCAUUUCCUUAAUACCAAACCUCCAGACCCAGAUCAGAAACCUCUCAAUACGCCUUUUACAAGCGGAAGAACAGCUAAAACAAAUGAAGUCAAGAAGAAAAGAGGACUCAAAAGCAAAUGCAAGAGUUGUAGAGAUCUUUGCUAGCCACAGGAAUGCCUGGCAAGCUGAAGAGAAGAGGUUGCUUCAACAGAUCGACUUUGCAAGUGAAGAAGUGUCCUCAUUAAGAGCUAAAGUUGAAGACUUUGAGAGAGAGAAGGAAGAGUGGCAAGGAAAGAUUCAAGAUUUGGAGAGGGAGGUUGGUGAGAGAGAGGAAAUGAUUGGGUUUAUGUCACGAAAUGCUGUUGCUGGUGGUGGUAGUGAGUUUGUGGGUGGUGAGGAGGAAUCUGGUAGGUGCGGGAAUGGGGAAUGUUAUGGCGGGGAGGAAGAGGACGAGGAGAAUGACAAUUUUGUUUAUGGUCAACAGUAUUAUCAGCAUUUACUGCACCAGCAGCAGCAAGGGAGUGAUGGAGGUUUCAGUUCUGAUUUAUUAGCUUCUGCGUCUAAGUUUUGGAGCGAGACAGCUAGUACUCUCUGGCAGGAUGUACAAUAUGAUUCCCAUGAAUCACUCUAUCACAUGAAACAUUUUGUAGCAAGAAGAGAGUCCCCGUGGAAGGUAGAUGGUGAUUCAACAGGUGUGUCCUCUAAGUUAAAAUUACUUGAAGAGGAACUUCUGAAUUUGGAAAAACUUGGAAAAACAGAUAUAUCAAAGGUUCCAUCACUAAUGAGGAAGCAGGCAAAGAGAUAUCAAGCUCUAGCAGGAAAGAUUGACGAUCUUUGCAGAAGAAUGGUUCGUGGUCACAAGGAAAUUAUUUAUUCUUAUUUGAGAACAAAAAUUCAAGCUAGUGAUCCAUGUGAACCUACACUAGGUCCAGAGUUUCGAACACAGAGGCAGACAGAGUUUUUGCUUGAAGCAUUUCGGCUCAAGGAACGGGCAUCUGAAACUGGACAGAAGCUGUUGACAUUACAAAAUGAGAUCAGUAAGAGCUACUCUGGGGAUGAGGUGGGGAGCCAGGCCAAGCUCACCAUGAGACGUUCUUUGGAGGCCAUAAGGAACAAUUUAAAAGAAGUUCAGAGAAACUUGGAAAUAUGGCUGGCCAGAAUUAUUGGAGAUCUUAAAGGGAUUCUGGCCAGAGAUGGUGCCUCUUGUCAACGCGAAUAUUACAUUUCUAGGUAUCCUUUUGUUCAAUAGAAUCUUCUGACUGGUAGUCUCGAGUACUGAUCUAACUGAAAUGUAUUAGCCCUUCUGGUAAAUAUGCUGAUCCAAGGCUUGAAAAUAGCAGUCAGCAGCCACAUGGAAAUAUGAUCGUUCCACUAUGUUUAUGGCAGCAUUCCUAUACCAAUCUAUCUAAAUGAAGCAAUCACCAGUCAAAACAAGUUGUCCGUGCUUCAAUCUGUCAUCGCUAGUUGAAUAGUAAAUAUGUUGAUCCUGGAGUUCUACAUUUACAGAUAUGGUUUGGAAUUGAAACAAUAGAUCGACAAUAACUCUUCUAAAAGAAGAUAAUUUGCAAAACACACUUUCACGUCUAGUAUGUUUGCUUCAAGGCGGAAUUCAACGCUCUUUCUAGUAAAGAUUUGGCAACGAGGGGGUAGUGAAAGGAUCAUUACCAUUUUGCUACAUGAUAACAGGAUCUAUAUGUUGGUUUGAAAUGGUCCAUUCAUAGAGAAGGAAAGAAAGUAGCUGUUCACGGACACUGCAAAAGACCCCAACAAUGGUCGUUUUACAGCUCCGUCAAAACAGGCCAACCGCCAAGCAGCGCUGACUCUUGUAAUUAACUGUAGACUUCGUGCUAUUGUUCUUAGCAAAGGACCCCAACAAUGGUCGAUUUACAGCUCCGUCAAAACUGGCCAACCGCGAAGCAGCGCUGACUCUACCAAUUAACGGUAGACGUCGCGCUAUUGUUUUUACCUGUUGGCAACAUUGCCGUUUUGCCAAUUUACUGUUGUUUCUUGAACAGGAUUUGUCUAUUUUCUGUCCAUUGCUUUCAAUGAUAGCGACAGCUUCCUA